CCGCGGCGCUUUCCAGGCUUGGCGGCGGGUCUUGGCGCUGCUAUCCGGUGCGGGGAGCCCGAAAGCCUGAAGGAAGCGGCUCAUCGCGGCGUGUGCGCGCGUGUGUUUGGCAAGCCCUCCACUCCAGGUUCAAAUCGGAUUGAGGAAAACGAAAGGAAAGGCGAGCGAUGGAGCGCCUCUGGCUUUUGGCUCAACGCGUUUGCCUUUCGCGGGACUAGUACGGCGCAAAAAAGGAGGAGGGGGAUCGUUUGUAAACUGAAGCCCCCCAAGAGCCCCUCGGCGUGUGGAAGACCCAAGAAGAGCUUGCAGGGCAGCAAGGGCUAGGAAUCCCCCUUCUGCCGGGAGCGAUUUUGCUCGGGGGAACAAACUCGAUUUUCUGCCUCCCUCUUUUACCCGCUGCGUUUGCCUGCAACUGAAGAAGUUUGCAAUUUGGUUUUCAUGGAGCUGCGAUUCCUGAUACUUUUGGGACUUACGAUUACAUCCAGCACAGGCUUCUCGCUGCCCGUUUCUCACCCCUUGCUGCCCCUGGGUGGUGGCAUCAGUCGUGGGCUGAGGGCUCCAGGGCUCCGGGAAAGAGCAAGUGACAAAAACAAGGUAUUGGCAGGAGAGCUGUUGUCUACCAGCAGGGGCGAGACUGCCAGCUCCGGGAAACUGGCUGGCCCUGGAGAAGCGCACCGCCGAGCCAAGCGCUGUACAUGCUUCACCUACAAGGAUAAGGAGUGUGUUUAUUACUGCCACUUGGACAUCAUCUGGAUCACCACGCCAGAGAGGACUGUUCCAUACGGGCUGUCUAACUACAGGGGUGGUUUCCGAGGCAAAAGGUCUGUGGGGCAACAUCGCAGGAGCGCACGUUCAUCAAAAUGGCCUCCGUCACGCUGCUCGUGUACAGACAGAUGUGACAAACAGUGCAUGCGUUUUUGCACAAUGGCUCAGGGCAACCAAUGUAAUAAGGAGCUAUUGGACAGCUCGGCAGAAACGGAGCCCCAUCGAGAAAAAGACCACAUUCCUAAUCAGUAGCCCUGGAGAAUUCAGCUGCUUCUAAGCGGAGAGGGUGGCUCUUCAUGCAGUUUUGCAUAUAUGGAACCUGGAACUUCCACUCCACAGAGCAAAUCCAUCAAUACAUGAACAGCUGGACAAACCCUUUAUUGUGUCCAAUGACUGAUACUUAAUUGUGUGUUCUGUCAGAAGAUAUGAAGCCAAGGAGCUACGACCUAUGCUAUAAAACUCUUCCAAGGUGGACAAUUGUGGUCUAAUUCUCCAAUGGAUUACUUAGAAGUAGGUGCUGCCUUUUCCAUGAACUGGUGCCAUUCCUGGACAGCUUUGUACUGUUCCGUACUGUUCUGCUGAGAGUGUUCUAUCAUCACAGAGGGCACGGUGACCUUUUCCUUCUGUUUGGGAAAAGAACUUUUUUUGCUACUUUAUGGUCAAAGCAGCCAUUUCAAUGUACAAGACUUUCUGUUGUACACAAGAUAGGGAAAAAAUACCGUUUCACUCGCUUGCUUUCUAUGUGUUUUGUGAAUGUCUAACUUUCUGCUGGCAGUUAUCAUGGGAGAGAUUGGUGCAUAAAAAAAAAUAGAUAUAUUGUGAUGCCACUUUUAUAUACAAAUACCAGAAAAAUUCCUUUUAUAUUUUUCUAAUCUUAUGCAAGCAUUUCUAUUGUAUUGUAUAUUCAGUGACCAAAGAAUUUAAUUGAAAAAAUAUCUAUGCAGACCUAAAUAUGAACAGCUGAUAUUAAUAUCACUAUAAAAAUAUAGCAAGCUAACAGUAUACUGUGACCAUUUCAUAGGCUGUUGGAGCACCAAUUAUCCUUGCACUGGAGUUUUAAAAUAGAUCUACAGGCUGUACAGAGCUAUUGGAUAGGACUUAAGAGAGCUGUCAAGUUCGUGAGUGGAAUGCCAAUUUAUCCAUCCAGUUUCUGCUUUUUGAAAAAUUGAUGUACUAAUAACAUAUUUACUAAUUCACCUGUAAUUCAAACUACUAGAUGGGCUGGUUGAGAAAAAACAGCGGAAAAAGCAGAUACCAUUACAAAAGCUCACAGUUGAAGAACAGGCAGUGCAGAAAGAUGUAAUCUGUUUUGACACAACCAAUGAUAUGGGCCCAGAUGGAUCUUUUUGAAUGAAUUGGAGGCGUGUUUAUCUUAAGAAGGCUCUAGGAGAAAAUCCGUCCAGUGGCUUUUGAUCAAAGAGAAAGAGAGAAAAGAAAUUCACCAUUAAAGGGUAGUUUUACCAGCAUUUGUGAAGGAAAGCAUUGGAAACCUCUCAAAGGAUACUUUGGUUUUUUUAAAAAAAACUCGGAGAUAUUUUUCUAUAAAAAUAUAUAUUUUACUAGAACACAGAUUGGAAACCACAGUGAAGACUUUAUAUAGACUACAUACAAACUCUAGGGCUCAUUUCACUCCCCCCCCAUAAAGUUCUGAAAGAGGUAAUGGACAUUGUUUGGAACA